UGCUGAGAUAUCUACGCCACACAGUGUUCGCGGUAUUCUGUCACCUAUCCCUCACGCUUCUUAUCGAGGCUGACUCUCCUCACUUCCCACCAGCAUCAUCGUCACUGCGACCGUGGAGCUUGGCUGCAUUCCUCGUCAUCGGAACACCAUCUUUCCAUCGCCCACUGCGCCUCAUCCCUUUCGAAUUCCCCCUUUUAAUUCCAUCCCCAUUCCAUCAUGUCGACGGAUGCUGAUUCCUCGGCGCCUGCUCUGGCCGUGGACCAACCCGCGCAAACCGGCAUCGCGCGCAAAGACAGCUUCUCUGGCAGGUCGCAUGCCUCCAACGACUCCCAGACGGCAGCCGAGUUCAUCCGCAGCCAAGAACUCCUUGAGGCUGAUGCCCGCGAAGCCCUUCCUUACAGCAUUGAGCACUGCACCAAGAUCCUCGGUCCAUUGCGGCAAAAUGUCUUUGCUUGCUUGACCUGCAAUCCUCCGCCUGCAAAGGCUGGCGGUGCUUGGAACCCCGCUGGUGUCUGCUACGCCUGUUCCGUCCAGUGCCAUGGCGAACAUACCCUCGUCGAGAUUUUCCAGAAGAGAAACUUCACCUGCGAUUGCGGCACGACUCGAAUCCCAGCGACUAGCCCAUGCGCCUUGCGCACCAACGAGACUACCAACACCCGCGGUGGAGUCCACUCGGAGGAGCCUGAUGCCAACAACAAAUACAACCACAAUUUCCGUAACCGAUUUUGUGGUUGCGAAUGCGAUUACGACCCCUUUCAGCAAAAGGGCACCAUGUUCCAGUGCCUUGGUCUGGGGACACAGGAAACUGGUGGAUGUGGUGAAGAUUGGUAUCACCCAGGCUGCCUAGUGGGCAUGGGGCCCAAUUGGUUCGAGAAAAUGGAGAAGAAGCAAAACAAGCCGUCCCAGGAAGGCGCCGAUGGUGCGAAGCAGCUGACCACCAUUUCCGAGGGCAACGAAGAGCAAAAAGAGUCUAGUGAGAAACCAGCUGAAGAGACGGCCAAUGAGACGGCCGUCGUUGAGGAGGAGGAUGACGACGACGAGGUGCCCAUGCCCCCAGGAUUCCCAGAGGAAGAGGAUUUCGAGGGAUUCCUUUGCUACAAGUGCGUCGAAGCAAACCCUUGGGUAAAGCGUUACGCUGGCACCUCUGGGUUCCUCCCUGCUGUUUUUGUAGACCAGGCUAAGUCUACUCUUGAAGGCAGGCCGGUGGAGGAGACCAAGUCGGUUGAGGUUCAACCAGUAGAGCAGGCCAAGCCAGCAGAGGAAGCCAAACCGAUGGAAGAAGCCAAGCCGGCGGAGGAAGCCAAGCCAGAAGAGGAGGCCAAACCGGUGGAGCAAACAUUGGUGUCCCGCAAGCGCAAGGCCGAUGAUGAUGACGAAGAGAGCACAGAGGCUAAGCGUCUGAAGAGUGAGGCUGGCUCCGACACCAACGAAACCCCCGCCGUUCUAGCUGCGCCGUCCGAGGAAGUAUCAUCCACCAAGGAGGACUCCGACUGCAAGCUCCGCAACCUCUCACCCGCACCCAAGGGACAGUUCUCCCUCUUCUUCAAGGAGGACUUCCGGGAAAAGUUCUGCCGCUGCUCCUCGUGCUUCCAGAGCCUGAACGCCCACCCGCAGUUGACGGAGGAGGAGGAUGUUUACGAGCCGCCCAUGUCCGAGGAGGGCGCCUCGCAGCACGGCGGCUCCACAAACGGCAGCGGCAGCCUCCUCGAACGUGGCGAGAGCGCCCUGCGCAACGUCGACCGCGUCAAGGCCAUUGAGGGUGUCAUGGCCUACAACCACCUCAAGGAGCGCCUCAAGCCCUUCUUCCAGCAGUUUGCCGACAGCGGCGAGGCCAUUGGCGCCGAGGACAUCAAGGCCUACUUUGCCAAACUGCGCGGCGACGAGCAAGGCAUUAAGGAAGCCGGCGAGGCGGCCGCGUCGUCAUCUAAGGAGGGAGGUGGGGAGGGGGAGGGAAAGGACGGCGGCCGCAAGGAACAGAGCGGAUACUGA